AUGUGUCGUGCAAACCAUGAGAAUACCCAGCCGAAUGACCGUUUGAACGGAUCGGGCACCGCCCUGAAAUUAGAUGUGGCAAUCAUAGGGGCCGGGGUAGGUGGACUGUCAGCCGCCAUUGCACUAUCUCGCGAUGGACACCGCGUCACAGUGUACGAGUCUGCACCAGAGCUUUCAGAGAUCGGCGCGGGUGUACAGAUGUCGCCGAAUGGCGUUAGCUGGUGGCUCAAAUGGGGUCUAGGCAAAUCUCUGCUGGAAAAAUCAUCUUUGCCGUCCGAGUUGAAUCUGCGCCGCUGGCGAGAGGGUGACUUAAUCUCUCGGACGCAACUAAACCCAGACUUUGAGCAGCGGUUUGGCGCACCGUAUCUAGUUCUCCACCGGGCUGACCUGCACCGUGCACUUUACCAGCACGCGCUUGAACUGGGGGUGACGAUCAAGGUAGCCCGCCGCGCCGUGGAUUAUGAUUUUGAUACACCCGUAAUUACACUGGCAACUGGGGAGAUCAUUCAGCCCGAUCUAGUGGUGGCUGUUGAUGGCAUCAAUUCUUUUGCGAGAACUCAGCUUCUGGGAACAGCCGAGAAGGGAGGCCCGCACCGGACCGGAGUCGCGGCCUACCGACUCAUGGUGGAAGUCUCUGAUCUCCUGGCCGAUCCGGAGACGGCAUGGAUUGUGCAUAGCCGUGACCUCAACCUAUGGGUGGGUAACCAUUGCUCAGCAAUGGCGUAUAUGAUUUGCAACGGAAGCCGACUGAACCUAGUGCUUUCGCAUCCCGAUGAAAGGGACACUUCGAACAUGUCCCAGGAAGAACUGACGCAGGAAAUGCUCUCUUACUUUUAUGGCUGGGAUCCAGAGCUGAUGAAGAUUGUACAAAAAAAGAAGACGAUCCAUAACUGGCCUCUGUUCGAGGUAGAUCCGCUUGACAAAUGGGUGUCGGAAUCUGGCAAAUUUAUCUUGAUUGGCGAUGCAUCUCAUGCCAUGGUGCCUUACCUCUCUAUGGGUGUCUCAAUGGCCGUCGAGGAUGCCGCUGCAUUAUCCAAAGCACUGUCCUACGCAACAGAUAAGCAGAACCUGAAGCCAUUUCUCCAGUUAGUGGAGAAAACUCGCACCAGCCGCACCAGACAGGUCCAGAAGGCGAGCCUUGUCAACGGUCAGGUCCUCCAUAUGUGUGAUGGCCCGCAGCAAGAAGCCAGAGAUGCCGAAAUGCGCCCUUCUGUGGAAGGGAAAUCACUGGACCGAAGCCCCUACGGUAUUAACGAUCGAGCCACACAAGCGUGGUGCUAUGGAUACGAUGUGGAGCGAGACAUCGAAAUGACCUGGACCAGUGCCUACGGAGACCGUUAA